AUGCCAGAAAUCAUAAAGACAAAUUUAACCAAUGGAAAUGGGGUUCAAAAACAACGUUCCACAAGCUUUAACGAAGAAGAAAACAAGAUUUCCUAUGAAUCCCUCCAAGAAACUUCAAAAUACCUGACUGAUAGAGUGAAAUUCACUCCUAAAAUUGGAAUUAUCUGUGGCUCCGGGAUGGGUGGGUAUUGGAAAGCAGGCUCGUUAGCAGAUGCCCUUGAGGAUAAAAUAGAAUUUCCAUAUGAAGACAUUCCUCAUUUUCCCAGAAGCACAGUCGAGGGACAUGUGGGAAAGCUUGUGUUCGGACAUUUGUCAGGAGUACCCAUUGUCUGCAUGCAGGGUCGCUUCCAUUAUUACGAGGGAUAUCCUUUGUGGAAAUGUGCCAUGCCCGUGCGUGUCAUGAAGCUCAUCGGAGUCGACUACCUCAUAGCUACAAAUGCUGCGGGAGGUCUAAAUCCAACUUACAACAUCGGCGACAUUAUGCUAGUCAAGGACCACAUUAACCUUAUGGGAUUCGCAGGCAACAAUCCUCUCCAGGGGCCGAACGACGACAGGUUUGGAAUACGUUUCCCACCUAUGAAUCAAGCCUACGACAGACAACUUAUGAAGGACGCACUACAAGUUGCCAAGGAUAUGGGAAUUUCCGAUAUAGUGCACGAAGGAGUCUACACUUGUCUAGGAGGUCCCAACUUUGAAACCGUCGCUGAGCUUAAAAUGCUCAAGAUGUUAGGUGUUGAUGCUGUAGGCAUGUCAACAGUGCACGAAGUGAUCACCGCUAGACAUUGCCAAAUGACUGUAUUUACCUUUAGUUUGAUCACUAAUUGUUGCGUGACUGAUUAUGACACCUACGAAUUGCCUAAUCAUGAAGAAGUUAUGGAUGUAGGCAAAAUGAGACAAGGAAUCUUAAAAGACUUUGUUAAAACCGUGGUUUUAAAUAUUUCCAAAAAAUAUGUUAAAUAA